UGAUCUCGUGGCCGCCCCCUCUCCUCCCUCGGCCUCCGGGGUCCGGCUGCGGUGUCAGCCUCGUUCCCGCCUCCGUGGCUGCGGCGCCGGCACUUGCCUUAUACCCGGCGCCCCUCGGGGUCGCAGGCCCUGGCCCGCACGCCCCUGGCCGCCCCGGCGCCAAUCUAGGCCGCGGUCGCAGCCCCGGGCUCGCGUCGGCGCCGCCCGCUCGCGGCCCGCCCCCUAUGGGCCCCGGCUAGAGGCGCCGCCGCUGCCGGCCCGCGGAGCCCCGAUGCUGGCCCGGAGGAAGCCGGUGCUGCCGGCGCUCACCAUCAACCCCGCCAUCGCCGAGGGCCCAUCUCCUACCAGCGAGGGCGCCUCCGACAGAUCUGCAGGAAGCACCUUCUUACUCACCUCCAGGAGGUCCCCCGCCUGCUCCUCUCACCUCCCCAGGGCAAACCUGGUAGACCUGCAGAAGAAGCUAGAGGAAUUGGACCUGGAUGAGCAGCAGAAGAAGCGGCUGGAGGCCUUCCUCACCCAGAAGGCCAAGGUCGGCGAGCUCAAGGAUGACGACUUCGAAAGGAUCUCAGAACUGGGAGCCGGCAAUGGCGGGGUGGUCACCAAGGUCCAGCACAGACCAUCGGGCCUCAUCAUGGCCAGGAAGCUGAUCCACCUGGAGAUCAAGCCAGCCAUCCGGAACCAGAUCAUCCGAGAGCUGCAGGUGCUGCACGAGUGUAACUCCCCAUACAUCGUGGGCUUCUACGGGGCCUUCUACAGUGAUGGCGAGAUCAGCAUCUGCAUGGAGCACAUGGAUGGCGGCUCCCUGGAUCAGGUGCUGAAAGAAGCCAAGCGGAUCCCUGAGGAGAUCCUGGGGAAGGUCAGCAUCGCGGUGCUCCGGGGCCUGGCGUACCUGCGAGAGAAGCAUCAGAUAAUGCACCGAGAUGUGAAGCCCUCCAAUAUCCUGGUCAACUCCCGAGGUGAGAUCAAGCUGUGUGACUUCGGGGUGAGCGGGCAGCUCAUCGACUCCAUGGCCAACUCCUUUGUAGGAACUCGGUCCUACAUGUCUCCAGAGCGGCUGCAGGGCACCCACUACUCGGUGCAGUCGGACAUCUGGAGCAUGGGCCUAUCGCUAGUGGAGCUGUCCAUUGGGAGGUACCCCAUCCCCCCACCCGACGCCAAGGAGCUGGAGGCCAUCUUUGGCCGGCCUGUGGUCGACGGGGCAGAAGGCGAGCCCCACAGCAUCUCACCGAGACCCAGACCCCCAGGACGGCCCAUCAGUGGUCACGGGAUGGACAACCGGCCAGCCAUGGCCAUCUUUGAGCUGCUGGAUUACAUCGUGAAUGAGCCACCUCCCAAGCUGCCCAACGGGGUGUUCAGCCCAGACUUCCAGGAGUUUGUAAAUAAAUGCCUCAUUAAGAACCCAGCAGAACGAGCGGAUCUGAAGACGCUCAUGAACCAUGCCUUCAUCAAGCGGGCUGAGGUGGAAGAAGUGGACUUCGCUGGCUGGCUGUGCCGGACCCUGCGGCUGAAGCAACCUAGCACACCCACGCGCACCGCGGUGUGAUGGCGCUGCUCCUCCAUCCCCCAGCCCAGGAACAUUUGUGUUCUUGUCCCCGCCAUAGGUGCACUGGCCUCUGGGGAAGGGGACUCUCUGCUCAUGUGGGGGAACCUGCUUACUUAGGUUUAAACAACAAAGCAAAACAGGGAGAGAAAAAGCAACCCGUGCGCUGUGAUCCUUUGUCACUUCUCUUGAGGGUUGGCCACCGAUCAGCCAGGCAAGGCACAUCAAGCAGCAAAGGCUGGGAGGGAGGAAAGGCAGGGCAGCAGCCGCAUGGCCCUGCGCAGGCUUUUCUCACUGGAGAGCUGUACCUUGCCCAUCUGCUCCGACUCUUCUUCCUCCCCUCCCUCCCUGCUGACUCCUGAGCUGACGCAGCUCUGCAGAAAGGAAGUCUUGGGUUUCCAUGCUCAGUGUGGUUGAAAACCCCGGCAGAUCCAGUAGAUAAGGCGUGCGUCCCCCACACUUGCAGCAAGCCCUACAGAUGUGGUGGGUUGCUCUGUCACCUCCGCCCAGCCUGCCAAUCAGAAGCUACCACCCAGGCGUAUCACUCCCUGAACCUCUCAGCCACAGUUGGCUGCGAGUGAGAGCGAGUGAGGUCUGUCCUAGUUCCCCGGCACCUGCCUUUGGGGUUCCCAGCACAUCCUGCUAUGUGCUCCUCAUGUAGCCCAAGACCCGAGGCCCAGCCUUCAAACUUCAGGACUGUUUCACCACCUGUGGGCUGCAAGUGGCCAGAGGGCCAGGCAGUAUAAGACUCCCACCCCUGGCCCUGAGGAUGCUGAGGCAAGCCACCCCCUCAGCACUUCCUGACACUGGAAGCCAGCUGAUGCUGAUCGCUGUGCCCUGUGGGAGGGCAGGGGUUGCUGCCCUGGGACUGCAGAAGGCCAGUUGUGGUCUUCUGGGAACUGGUGCAUCGUCCUUGCUUUUGUAGGGAGGCCCUUCCAGUCUCCUGGAACCUUUUCUCAGCAGACGCUGGAGGAGACAGGUUAAUGCCUGCUCCAGACACUUUUCCAGGUUCCUGUCACUUCAUAUCCCCCCAUCCCCA